GUCCUCGCCAGAGACGCUCCCCCCACCCGCCAGGAUGAGCGGCCCAGUAUGGGGCUCGCCCCGCCCGCGAGGCGAAGGGGGUGUCUCCCGACCCCAUUCUUUAAGAGCCCUCCCAGGCCGGGGGCUGUAGCAGAAGCUCGCCUCUGCCUGCCAGCCGUCGGGCGUUGGGGCGAGCUCAGCAUGGAGCCGCAGCCACACUACGAGACCUUCGACGAGGACUACGACGGGGCGCCCCUGGGCAACUGGAGCGUCGGGGCCCCGGAGUGCCCGUGGGAAGAGGCCGAGACGGACUGGGAGGUGUCCUUCUCCCUGCUGCCCGUGCUCUACAUGCUGGUCUUCGUGCUGGGCCUGUCGGGCAACGGCCUGGUCAUCUUCACGGUGUGGCGCGGCCCGCGGGCCAAGCGGCGCUCGGCGGACACGUACAUCGGAAACCUGGCGCUGGCCGACCUGGCCUUCGUGGUGACGCUGCCGCUGUGGGCGGCUUACACGGCGCUGCGCUUCCACUGGCCCUUCGGCUCGGCGCUGUGCAAGCUCAGCAGCUACCUGGUGCUGCUCAACAUGUUCGCCUCGGCCUUCUGCCUGGGCUGCCUGAGCUUCGAGCGCUACCUGGCCAUCGUGCACGCGCUGCCGCGCUCCGCCGGCCGGCCGGCCUCCUCCUCCUCCUCGCGGCCGCGCGCCUCCACGCUGCUCUCGCUGGGCGCCGUCUGGCUGCUGGCCGGCCUGCUGGCCCUGCCGGCCCUGCUGCUGCGCGACACGCGGCCCGGCGCCAGCCACGACGGCAACGCCAGCGCCAGCGCGGCCCUCGAGUGCGACAUGGACUUCAGCAGCGUGGCCUCCACCCCGGCCGAGGAGGACCGCUGGCUGGCGGCGCUGAGCCUGGCCACCACCGCGCUGGGCUUCGCGCUGCCGCUGCUGCUCAUGACGCUCUGCUACUGCUGCAUCGGGGCCACCGUCCGCCGCCACUUCCGGCAACACGUGCGCAAGGAGGAGGGCAAGCAGCGGCGGCGCCUGCUGCGCAUCAUCGUGGCGCUGGUGGCCGUCUUCGGCGCCUGCUGGCUGCCCUUCCACCUGCUCAAGAGCCUCUACGUGCUCAACUGGGUGGGCCUCGUGCGCCUGCCCUGCGCCUGGCAGGAGCUCAUCCCGCGCCUGCACCCCUACGCCACCUGCCUGGCCUACGUCAACAGCUGCCUCAACCCCUUCCUCUACGCCUUCUUCGACGGCCGCUUCCGCGCCCAGUGCCUCCAGCUGCUCGGCCUGCGCGCUGCCCUGCGCGGCCAGGCCGGCUCCGUCUCCUCCACCCUCAGCGGGCAGACCCAGAAGUCCGAGCUGCCUUCCUUGGGCACCAAAGUGUAGCAGAGCCGGUCGCCGGGAGGGCGCUUCGGAAGAACCGACUCCCGCGCCCCAGCAACCCCCGGGAAGGAAGCCCGGGAGCGGCCCUCGGAUGGCUGCCCUCUGCCUGCUGCCAGACUCUGGACUGGGCGUCCCUGGCCGCGCGCCUUCUUCGCCCCAGCACUUGACUCUUCUUUGGACCGAGUUGCCGACGGUUCAGGGCUGCCUCCCCUCGUCUCUCUCCCACCCACCCCCGGGUCGGACGCUGGCUUUCUGGUGCUCUCCGGGGACCUCGGACUCGGUUUGCCGCCGCAACCCACGGGUUUGGGCAGGUCCCUGCGGCGGGCGUUUCCCAUCCCCUUUUUGUAAUCAAUAAACGAUGUUUUGUUCGACUGUUUCCUCAGGAAAAAAAAUCUCGAAGAGGCAGAAGCUCUGUUU